AUGGCAGCCAAGUCCAGUCAUCCCCUCCUGUCAGCCCCCCCCCCCCCCCAUCAGCUUCUGCCCUCCCGUCAGAGCCCCCCCAUCAGCCCCUCCUGCAGCCCCUCCCCUCCCAUUAGCCCCUCCCCUUCAUAUCAGCCCCUCCCAUCAGAGCCGUGCCCUCCAUCAGCCCCUCCCCUUCAUAUCAGCCCCUCCCCUCCCAUCAGAGCCGUGCCCUCCAUCAGCCCCUCCCCUUCAUAUCAGCCCCUCCCCUCCCAUCAGAGCCGUGCCCUCCAUCAGCCCCUCCCCUUCAUAUCAGCCCCGCCCCUCCCCUCAGCCCCUCCCCUCCUGUCCUUUCUCCCAUCCUUGAACGCCUCAUCAGUGACGCCAGCCCCGGUGGGUCCGUCCACAGCAGCAGUCACUGUCACCGUGGGUGGUCCUCUGCUUCUGUCCUGGACACGCGCACCGUCCACUCACGCGGACGCCGGUGUUGUGGAGUGGUUUUCCUGUCGGUGCAGUGAAGGACACACAUGCAGCAGGGGCACGGACACACCACAGCCCGGGGAGGGGACACUGUGCACCGGCAGGAACGAACCAGGAGGACCGGUGAGCACAGAUGAUAACCCUCCUACCUCUGAUAACCCUCGUACCUCUGAUAACCCUCGUACCUCUGCUAACCCUCCUACCUCUGCUAACCCUCCUACCUCUGCUAACCCUCCUACCUCUGCUAACCCUCGUACCUCUGCUAACCCUCGUACCUCUGCUAACCCUCCUACCUCUGCUAACCCUCCUACCUCUGCUAACCCUCGUACCUCUGAUAACCCUCGUACCUCUGAUAACCCUCGUACCUCUGAUAACCCUCGUACCUCUGAUAACCCUCGUACCUCUGAUAACCCUCGUACCUCUGAUAACCCUCGUACCUCUGCUAACCCUCCUACCUCUGCUAACCCUCGUACCUCUGCUAACCCUCGUACCUCUGCUAACCCUCCUACCUCUGCUAACCCUCCUACCUCUGCUAACCCUCGUACCUCUGAUAACCCUCCUACCUCUGCUAACCCUCCUACCUCUGCUAACCCUCCUACCUCUGCUAACCCUCGUACCUCUGCUAACCCUCGUACCUCUGCUAACCCUCGUACCUCUGCUAACCCUCCUACCUCUGCUAACCCUCGUACCUCUGCUAACCCUCGUACCUCUGAUAACCCUCCUACCUCUGCUAACCCUCCUACCUCUGCUAACCCUCGUACCUCUGCUAACCCUCGUACCUCUGAUAACCCUCCUACCUCUGCUAACCCUCCUACCUCUGCUAACCCUCCUACCUCUGAUAACCCUCGUACCUCUGAUAACCCUCGUACCUCUGAUAACCCUCCUACCUCUGCUAACCCUCCUACCUCUGCUAACCCUCGUACCUCUGAUAACCCUCGUACCUCUGAUAACCCUCCUACCUCUGCUAACCCUCGUACCUCUGCUAACCCUCGUACCUCUGAUAACCCUCGUACCUCUGCUAACCCUCCUACCUCUGCUAACCCUCGUACCUCUGAUAACCCUCGUACCUCUGAUAACCCUCCUACCUCUGAUAACCCUCCUACCUCUGAUAACCCUCGUACCUCUGAUAACCCUCCUACCUCUGCUAACCCUCCUACCUCUGCUAACCCUCGUACCUCUGAUAACCCUCGUACCUCUGCUAACCCUCGUACCUCUGAUAACCCUCGUACCUCUGCUAACCCUCGUACCUCUGCUAACCCUCGUUCCUCUGAUAACCCUCGUACCUCUGAUAACCCUCCUACCUCUGCUAACCCUCGUACCUCUGCUAACCCUCGUACCUCUGCUAACCCUCCUACCUCUGCUAACCCUCGUACCUCUGCUAACCCUCGUACCUCUGCUAACCCUCCUACCUCUGCUAACCCUCCUACCUCUGCUAACCCUCGUACCUCUGAUAACCCUCCUACCUCUGGUAACCCUCGUACCUCUGCUAACCCUCGUACCUCUGCUAACCCUCCUACCUCUGAUAACCCUCGUACCUCUGAUAACCCUCGUACCUCUGAUAACCCUCCUACCUCUGCUAACCCUCCUACCUCUGCUAACCCUCGUACCUCUGAUAACCCUCGUACCUCUGCUAACCCUCCUACCUCUGCUAACCCUCCUACCUCUGAUAACCCUCGUACCUCUGAUAACCCUCCUACCUCUGCUAACCCUCCUACCUCUGCUAACCCUCGUACCUCUGAUAACCCUCGUACCUCUGCUAACCCUCGUACCUCUGAUAACCCUCGUACCUCUGCUAACCCUCGUACCUCUGAUAACCCUCGUACCUCUGAUAACCCUCCUACCUCUGCUCCUCUGCUGCUCACUCAUCCUUUACUGGGACUCCGUUUGUCCGACUGCAGCUUCUUCAUGCGUUGCUGUACGAGUCCCAUGCAGAAGUACUGGGAUGACACUGGGCGGACAGGAGGGGGAGCACAGGGGCCUGGUGGAGGACUCUGUGGGAUGGUGCAGCAAAAAAACACCUGCAGCUGA